AUGAAUAAUAAUUCAGAUGAUUAAAUGUAAGGAAAAUUAUUAUCAUUUUGCUAGAGACAUUUCAAAUGAAAACCUAAAACCUUGUCCUGAUAAAAAAUUACACCAUUUUGAUUAAGAAUGGGCAAAUUAUGCUAAUAAUCCUUCUCCUCAUUUCACUCCCUCGUAAUUCUUUCAUGCUCCUCACACACACCUGCCUCCUUUAAAUUUAGAAAAAAGUUCAUAGUUCCCUUAUAUCAAGGUUAUGAUGAUGGCUAAGACAAAUAAGGUAAGAAAAAUCCCUUUCGAAAAUUUUCUGCUCAUGAUCCUCAACAAGAUGGCAAUGAAGAAGACCCCAAAUAACAUUAUCCAUACUACCCAACCUACUAUUAACCCUAUCCAAUGAAAUACC